CUAAAAAAAAAAACGUUACACAUUCACUAAACCAUUUCUAUACGAUGGACCCAUCACCAGAUAUGCUACAACCACCAAAAGUUAAGUCUUGCACACAAAUAAAAGAAACUGUUCCAUUCGAUAUUUUCGAAAGUUUAUUCUUCUGCUAGAUCAGCCAUGCAGAAAACUUCAGGAAAGUCGAACAUCGCUGGGAAUGACUUCCAUCGGAAGGGUGUUAUGUCAAACAUGCCACGACCCAUUAAACCAAAACCCCAAAACAACCAAAAUAUAAAAUGUGAACUCGACACUAAUGAAGACAAUGAAGACAGCAGAAACAAAAACAAAUCUAACAUACAAGAAGCUGCAGCUAAAACAAAGAAGAAAAAACAAAGGGUUGAUUUUGGCCCUGCAGAAGAUGCCCCAACCAGACCUAUUAUAGAAUGCUUUAUUGAUAAGAACUACAUAAAUAACCCCGUCAUCGUUGAAUGUAGAAUGAAGAAAUGUACUCCGAUUAAGAAGAUAAACUUUAAUGUACCAAAAGAUGAGAAAGUCAAAUCGGUGCAUUAUGAUGAGGUGAUGAAUUGGCGUGACUACCACCAGCUAUCAGUUAUUCAUAAAUUUAUGGAUGACUUAGAAGCUGACUUCCCUUCACUGUGCACUACAGGGAUCAUUGGGACGUCAGUAGAAGGUCGAUUGCUAAAGAUCCUAAAGAUUUCUAACAGCAACGCAAGCAACUCAGCGGUGUGGGUGGACGCGGGUAUUCAUGCGCGAGAGUGGAUCGCGCCCGCCGUCAACACGUACCUCGCCAACCAUAUCAGCAGGAACUUUGACACCCUUCCUGAGUGCAUCAGAAAUAAGGACUGGUAUUUUCUACCAGUGGUGAAUCCAGAUGGAUACCACUAUUCGCACACCACUGAUCGCUUGUGGCGUAAAAAUCGUGCAUGGCACGGCGGUCAAUGCGUGGGAGUAGACCUUAAUAGAAACUUCAGUAUCGGUUGGGGUGGCCGUGGAUCGUCAGAUAAACCCACAAAUGCAUUCUACAGAGGACCUGAGCCAUUUUCUGAGCCAGAAUCAUCAGCUAUACGGGACAUAUUCAUGAACUCAGGAAUAAACUUCAAAGUAUACAUAACACUCCACAGCUACGGACAAAUCAUAAUAUUCCCGUACGCUUGCAGUCACGAACUGGCUCCAGAUUAUGUACGUCUUCUCCAAGGAGCUACUGCCAUGUCAAAGGCCAUUUAUGAUACUAAUGGCAACACAUACAAAGUUGGCAUUUCAAGAGACGUAAUGUACGGAGCAGCCGGUACUAGCAACGACUUUGCCCAUGCAGCAGCCGGUAUACCUUACUGCUACCUUAUAGAACUCAGAAGCAAGAAACACAAGUUCCAACUACCAAAAGAACAAAUACAAGAGACUGGCAACGAAAUAUACAACUGCGUUCAAGCGCUGAUGGAAUUUGUCGAUUCCUACUCAUCUAAGAAACAACUACACAAAGAAAAUUUAUUAGUAGAUAAGAAUAAGCUGACAGUAUAUAACAGCUCAUCCGAUAUUGCUCAGACUGAUUCCCACAUAAGGAAACGUAAAUCUUACGAUAGGAUAAACUAUUCCUAUGUAAAGGAAAGUGAUUCUUUCGUGCAACGGGACAACUCAUAUAUUAGAUGGCCCAAUGUAGCCUUGAGGAAGGAAAAUCCUAUCCAUAUGACUGAUGACUUUACUAGAGUCGGUAGUGAUAGCCUCGACCAUUAUCUAAGGGACGAAAAUGAUGUUACAGCACAAACAAUAGAAUGGGAUGAUGAUGAUUAUUUCUAUGAGGAUACGAAACUAAUCAGACUUGCAAGCGACAGUGAUUCGUCAAUGUGCUUAAAUAAUAAAUCCAAUCGGAAAAAAUAUUAUUUUCGUGAUGCUAGUGGUACUUAUAUGGAGAAAUCAGAUUCUCAUCGCCGGAAAGAUGUAGAUAAAGCUGAUUCUUUCCGUUAUGAAGAUGAUAUUUUCUUGAAAGACUCUACUCAAGACUUCGGGAAUGACUUUUUUUUCUUGGCAGAUAGUCAAUCACCUCCUAAUAAUGGCAGUCAGAGCAUGAUAAAUAAAGUAGAGUCAAUAAAUAAAUUGGAUGUGUUUACGAAAGAAACCAAUGCUCAGGUGUAUUCUGAUGAUGAUAAUAAUAAUGUUUCCUUGGAUACUAACGAUUCUUUUUGGCAGAGAGAGAAUUCUCUGGUUUUGAAAAACUUAUCUGAACAGAGACAGCGCGCCAAUAAAGGACAAAGUACAGUUUCUUCUAGUACCUUUUCGAAGGUAUGCAUGUUUAAAAAGUGCCACAAUAACAGUUUCAAAAUUCUUAGUGCUCCAUACACACAAUCCUUUUUAUCUAAAAGUUUAUAUAACCCCAUCAAAGUGGCACCAACGGUUCCUAACACCCAAGUAUGGGAAGUGAGAUUAGUUAAGGAAGGUCAAAGACAUUUUGUGAAAACAUUGGAUACUGUAGGAGCAAUAAAUAUAUGGAAAGAGGAACGUAGUACAAUGGAUAUUAUGGUGAAUGGCCCUCGGACUGCCCAAGUGGCUGGCAUACUCCAUGAAAGGGACAUACCAUACUCAAUAGCCAUACCAGACGUGUCGGUCCUGCUGGAAAGGGAACAGGGUCAUGCGGUGUCAAAGACCUUUAAGAGGUCUUCUACUGUCGGAGACCAUAAGAAGAUGGAUUGGCAGACUUACCACAGACUGGACACGAUUUAUGAGUUCAUGGACAACUUGGCAAUUGAAUAUCCGUACUUGUGUUCUGUGAGUGUGAUCGGGAAAUCAUCGGAAGGGAGGGAUAUAAAGAUGUUAAAAAUAUCUAAUGGUAAUUCGAACAACGUGGGCGUUUGGAUGGACGGUGCCAUACAUCCUCGAGAGUGGAUCAGCCCUGCAGUAGUCACAUACCUAGCUGAUAGGAUCGUUAGGACUUUUAAUGAACAACCAGACAGCGUCACUAAUAAGGACUGGUACAUUCUACCAGUGAUGAACCCAGAUGGCUACGAGUACACUCACGUGCAUGAUAGGAUGUGGCGAAAGAACCGAAAGCGCUACGGGGAAUGCGUGGGAGUAGAUCUAAAUAGAAACUUCAGCUAUGGUUUCGGUGAGAAAGGAGAAGAAGGUUCGUCAGAAGACCCUGGUAAUGUGUUCUACAGAGGACCCAAAGCCUUCUCCGAGCCAGAGACACAGGCUGUCAGGCGUCAGAUACUAGAAGCUGACACGACGUUCAAGGUGUUCCUGUCUUUCCAUAGUUACGGAGAAGUCAUCAUAUUCCCGUGGGGAUACACUAGUGAACCUUGUCCUGACUACGUCGAGCUGUUAGAAGGAGGUACCGCUAUGGCCAAAGCAAUCUUCAACACAAGCGGUCGUACAUACAAAGUUGGAAGCACAAAAGACCUUAUGUACUACGCAGCAGGGACGAGUAUCGAUUGGAGUUAUGCCGUCACCAAUAUCCCGUAUUCUUACAUGGUGGAACUUAGAGGAAAAACACAUAGGUUCUUGCUACCAAAAGAGGAGAUAAUUUCAACUGCCACAGAAGUAUUAAAUGGUGUGUUAAGACUUAUGGACUUUGUAGACAGACGAUGCACAGGAACACAGUCUUGCGUCUGUCCAAAAUAG